ACGCUAUAACAUCUCCUAUUGACUAUUUCACCAUUGAAUUCAAUUUGGAGUUUGCGCACACAAUUUCUACAAUUUAUAAGAGAAAGAAAGCCAUUGAAAAGAGUAUUGAGUGUUUCAUUUCAGAAAAUAAUAAUUAAAAAAAAAAAAAAAAGAUUUGAGGAGGAAUGCUUCGCUCAAGUAUAAAUGGUUGCUUCAAUUUUCCAAAUAGUUGUACCCUCUCAAAACAUGGUUUUGUUCCAUGGAUGGAAGUUCAAAGGCAACAACAAUUGAGUAUUCAAGAUCAUCAUGGAUGCACCAUAAAUCCCUUAAGACCACCUUCCAAACACAUAAUCAAAAGAACCAAUUUUGGUAGCAUCAAUUGCAAUAAUGAGACAAAGUUAAGUAUAUAUCAAAAUUACAGUGUGUUAAAUGAAAGAAAAAAUAUUGUGCAAAGGCAAAGUUUGCCUUUCACAAUAGAACCUGGUUUUACAGAUGAUGAUGAUAAUAUUACUACGUUAGUCACUAACCUCUACAAGCAACUAAAUGUUCUUUAUCGCUUCAGUCGUCCUCAUACUAUCAUUGGCACAUUUAUAGGAGUAACAUCAGUUUCUUUGCUUCCAAUAGAAUCAGUAGCUGAUUUAUCCCUUGAAUUUUUCAUGGGUUUGUUGAAGGCAUUGGUUCCAUCAAUACUGAUGAAUAUUUAUGUUGUUGGCCUAAAUCAAUUGUUUGAUUUACAUAUAGACAAGGUUAAUAAGCCAGAUCUCCCGCUAGCUUCAGGAGAAUUCACAAUGGGUGUUGGAUCAAUGAUUGUAUCAAUUUGUUGUCUACUGAGUUUUGGUAUAGGAUAUGCCUCUCAGUCCCCUCCAUUGUUUAUAGCCCUUCUUACAAGUUUCUUCCUUGGAAGCGCAUACUCAGUUGAUCUUCCCAUGCUAAGAUGGAAAAAGCAACCAUUCCUUGCAGCAGCUUGCAUUGUUAUAGUGAGGGCAAUGGUGGUCCAACUUGCAUUCUUCAUACACAUGCAAAAAUAUGUGCUAGGAAAACCAAUAAUACUGACUAGGUCAGUCAUAUUUGCAACAGCUUUCAUGUGCUUCUUUGCCACAGUCAUUGCCCUCUUCAAGGACUUACCAGAUGUUGAUGGGGAUAAACAUUUUGGCAUACAAUCUUUCAGUAUUACGCUAGGAAAAGAGAAGGUGUUUUGGCUUUGCAUUAAAAUGUUGCUUGCAGCAUAUGGAUCUGCGUUGGCUCUAGGUGCUAGUUCUCCAUCCUUGCCUGUUAAGCUUGCAAUUGUACUUGGUCAUUCUGCAUUAGCUGCAAUUUUAUUGAUGCGUGCUCAAUCAGUUGAUCUCGCAGACAAUGCUUCCAUAACCUCAUUCUAUAUGUUCAUCUGGAAGCUAUUCUAUGCGGAGUAUUUACUGAUUCCUUUGAUUCGCUGAGUCAAAUCGAGUGUGUAGGAAGGAGUGCACUAGUUAUGUGGGAAGUAUCUCCUGGUUUCAGUAAGUGCAGCAACAAUGUACAAAUUAAAGUGUUUGAAAUGUAGCCCAAGUAGGCUCUUAUGUAAUCUAUACUCCAAAUUUUGACACAACCUGUUUGUAAAAUAUAUUCUAAUAAUCAAUUGUCAUGCAUGGCUGCAUGGCAAAUAAGAGUUGUAGCAUUUGUCUAGAACUUGAUGAUUUGCAAUACAUGAAUC